GAAGAAAAAUGGCGACCACCAUCGCAGUCCGUACGCGAAAGAGCCGCCGGGCAGAUGUGGUGGCAUACAGUGAACUGGCCGUGCGAGGAAAUGCUUCCAUCAUUGAGUACUGCCGGACAUCUCUGUCGGCGCUGUCGGGGGCCACGGCUGGUAUCCUGGGAUUGACCGCUCUAUACGGUUUUGCUUUCUACUUCAUCACAGCCUUCCUGUUGUCAAUGAUGCUGUUGAUAAAGGCAGGGUCCAGAUGGAACAGUUUCUUUGUCAGCAGGAGGAUUCCCUUCUUCAAUGGAGUCUUCGGGGGCUUAUUCACAUAUGUUUUAUUCUGGACGUUUUUGUAUGGCAUGGUCCAUGUAUACUAGCAGAGACCGAGGAGGAAGAUCUGAGCCGUGUCGACCCUUCAUUCCUCACACCGAUCAUAAAUAUAUCUCAUUCUGUAUAUAGCCAGUGUCUAUUGUGCAAUAAAUUAUUGUGUCAAUGUCA